GAACAGUAGGCGGCGGUAAUGCACAUAAACCUUUGUUGCCAACUGCCAUAAAACAACACAAGAAGAAGAAGCGGAAGUAGAAGACGACGAAGAAGAAGAAGAAUUCUAACGUUAUGUCUCGGACCUCUAAAGCGGUUCUGGGACUUUCUGUGCUUCUGACUGUGAGCACCGUGACUGCGGUACACCUCAGGCAGGCCUGGGACAGACAGCGUCUCCACGAAGGCGUCCUGAGAGAUUUGGAGCGCGUGGAGCGGAAGAAGGAGAACGUGCGGCGUCUGGAGGAGAACAGGAAGUUGAGCGCUCAUCUGGAAGAGGAGCGGCGGCAGAGGGAGGCGGUGCUCUGUCCUCGAGACCACGCGCCCCACUGA